AUGGGAGCCAUGGUUGGCAUGGCCGUAGCAGACUCCGUGGGCGCCUUCCUGGAAUUUCUACCAGUUGGCAAGAAGGGCUCGCGCUUCAACCCAGACACACUUCAGGUGGAAGGGAGCUUCAACAAAUUCAAGUUGAAGCCUGGGCAGUGGACCGACGACACUUCCAUGGGGCUUUGCCUGGCUGACUCGCUGCUCGUAUGUCGAGGAUAUGAUGGAGCAGACAUUCGCGUUCGCUUCUGGAACUGGUGGCACCGCGGGUACAACAAUGCAUUCCGUCGAGACAGUGAGCGGAAAGGCUCAGUGGGCCUCGGUGGAAAUGUGGCGGUGUCUCUCAAGGACGUGAUGGACUCCAGCCCAUCUCCGAGAUUUGAAUCAAGUCGCCAGGAUGCUGGUAAUGGUUCCAUCAUGCGUCUUGCUCCUGUGCCCAUCUUCUUCAGCAGCGACCCAGAGAAGGCUGCGGAGUUCAGCGAGGAGUCUUCUCGCACCACACACCCGGGUCCAAUAGCAGCGGCCGCCUGCCACUUCCUGGGGUUCUUCCUCGCUCGAGCCAUUAACCGAGAGAGUGCUGGCACCACCCAAACUGCAUCAGCCUUCCUAGACCAGACUGUGGAGGAAUACCUUAGCCAGGAAUGGCCGUCUGCGCCUCACAGAAAGCUUGUGCGCUUACUGCGGUCCGCGGAGCCAGAGGGCAGCCGCGAAAGAUGCUGGAACUGGCGAGAUGCUGAUGGUCCUUUUCUGGAGGAGACCUUGGAGGCCAGAGGCUCUACGUACAAUGGCUAUCCAGUGAGCCCAAACUACAUUGGGGCUUACAGCCUGGACGGCCUUGCGAUGGCGAUGCACAGCUUCUACCACACCACUUCCUUCAUGGAGGCACUGACUCGGUGUGUGAACUUUCUGGGCGAUGCUGAUUCGACAGGUGCCAUCUGCGGCCAAAUGGCUGGGGCAUUUUACGGUCUUUCAGCGAUUGAUGCAAGGCUUGUGAGUCGCUUGCGACGGUGGGACUGUGACGAGGUCGCCCUUCGCGGAGCUCUGCUACAUGUUCUUGGUACCAGCUUGUUCGUACCUCCCCCAGCAAAGCCGGUGAAUGUCGCGCUGCUGCUGACGAUCUCCAAUUCUUCCGUGGAGACAGAAUCCACCAAAGACAGCGCGGAUGCUGAGGCCCAGUCGCCCUCGAUUCCCAAAAUCGAGUCCUUCGAUGAUAGGUUCGCUUGCAGUGGAAUCCGAAGUUUCGCCGGAAACGAUUUUUUCAACUUCAUUGGGGUGACAGCAAUGCAGAAGAUUCCUGAGCAGCUGCUGGAGGCAUUCCAGCUACAGGCACAGCCAUUGAAGUGGAAGGCCGAGCAUCCAAAGGAUGCUACCUGCAUGGUGCAUGGUCUUCACGUCUUGAAGGGAAAGCUGGAGCUGACUCUGCACCUGAGAGUCUCAGCAGUGAUGGCUGAGUGGGAGUUCGUUCAGAGCAUGCUGAACCGCGGCAUCCAUCGGCAUGUGGAAAAAUAUGGGUGCUAUGCGAACCGCGAUAUUGCCAAGCUUGUGACUGAAGCGGGGCUUCACAUUGCUCUUGACGAGCGGGCCCACUUUGGAACGACCUACACCCUGGUCUGCACCAAGACGCCUCUGGCGAAGGCCUGCGAUGUGGCCUUGCAGAGCUUCCAGCAAGAAGUCGGCUCGCCUGUAGUGACGCUGCGACCCUUCAUCGCUCCAGGUCUCGUGCUGCACACCUCCGCGAGCGACUUCCCCAUGUGGAAGCAGACUGUUCGAUGGGAGGAGCGAGUGAAUCGAGCAGUCCACAUUGCAGAUCUUGUUGAUCGGGAAGUGCUUCCGCCGACUGGAGCGGUUUCCAUUUUGGAGAAUUUCGUCGCCUAUGACCCUGACGACUUUCGCUUCAGGUUGGCUCGCGGAGGCAUGGGCGAUCGUCGAACAUCUUCUUCGCGUCUUCAGUCCAGGCUUUCCGGAGAAGGCAGCCAGAUCUUCCGAGAAGGGUCGACCGGAGCAGUGGGAGGAAUGCAGACCACAGCUUCCAUGUCCGACUUGCUUGCGCCUACAAUUCGUGAACGGAAGCCGUCUAAGGUUUCCUUGGACUGCCUUGGUGGUUAUCGGCGCGAUUCCACUUCAAAUCUGGGAGAGACGGUGGAUGGAGGGUAUGCUGGCGCUCCAGAAUGCGUGGCCGAGCCUUGGGUGCCCUCGCCACAGGCCUCCAGCACAGGCGCAGGUGGCGAGAACAUCAUGGUCCGAGAGGAAAGCUGCUCCAACCUCUUCAACGACUUCGUGGAAAGCGAUGAGACCAUUCCAGACAAAUCUGAUUUCGAGGAUAAGUAUGCCCUGGUUGGCAACGGACCACUGGGCGAGGGUACCUUCGGCUUGGUCUGGAGGUGCACGUUGAAGAGUGGAUCUGGACCCCACAAGGAGAUGGCGGCUAAGAUUGUGCGAAAGGCACGAUUGCAGCCCAGAGACAUGAAAUAUUUGCUGGGGGAUGAUGGUGAGGUGAAGUUGCACCUGACUAUGAAACACGCGCAUAUCUGCGAGCUCCUGGAAUACUUCGACGAGCCCAGCACAGUGACUCUUAUACUUGAGUAUUGUCGUGGCGGAGAUCUUUUCGAUGCCAUUGUGGCCCAGUCAAAGACAACUGGGCGCGGAUUCACCGAGAAGCAGGCCGUGCACGCGACGCGCCAUGUGUUGUCUGCUCUUCAAUACCUGCACAAGCAGAGGGUGGUGCACAGAGAUAUCAAGUGCGAGAACAUCCUGCUGAAGCACAUGGAGCUGCCUGUGGAAGAGAAUAUCUUCAAGCUCUGUGACUUCGGGUUUGCGGCCCACGACAAAGGUGACGGGCUCAGCGAUCGUCUAGGAUCACCCGACACCGUCGCGCCGGAGAUUGUAGUUGGCACCAGAUAUAGCAUGCCGGUGGACAUGUGGUCCGCAGGUGUGCUCAUCUACAUGAUGCUUUCAGCAGCUCCACCUUUCUACGCAACUACAGAUUCGGAGGUCUUGCGCAAAGUGCGCACUGGCAGCUACAAUCUCUCGGGUGAGCCGUGGGACAGCCUUCCAGCUCCUCCCAAGAACCUGAUCGUGUCGCUCAUGACGGUUGACCCGAAGUUGAGACCUACAGCUGAUCAG